CAGCUCAAGCCUCGUCGUCCGUCCCUUAUCGAAGACCCCACAGCCCACCAUGGCGUCCACGAUCGCGUCCUUCGCCAACUUCCUCAAGCAGUCCAAGGCGCACGCCGUGGACAACCGCGAGGUGCUGAUCGCCGGCGUGCUGUACAAGAAGCCCGAGCGCAACUCGCUGCUCUGGAAGAAGCGCUACUGCGUCGUGUACAAGGACGAGCUGCAGAUCGUCUACUUCCUGUCCCUCGAGGACUUUGAGAAGCGCGCCAUCCGCGGCAAGAUCCCCUUCAGCUCCGUGCACGCGUGGGACGGCAAGCCCAACGGCUUCCAGUUCUACACGCCGUCCAACAACUGCUUCCGCGUGUACACGGAGACGCCCGAGGACCAGCUCAAGUGGCUCGAGGUCAUGCAGAAGGCGCUGGACAACGCCCCCGACAAGAAGGACGGCGAGAAGGUCGAGUACACGCGCCCCGUGGCCUCGUCGCCCUCGUCCUCCCCCAAGGGCGCGUCCUUCCGCUCCAAGCGUAGCGACUCGUGGCGCGAGGAGGACCCCGACGUGCUGUCCAUGGCCGUGGAGCUCGAGGACCUGCGCUCCGAGGUGACCACGCUCAAGGCCGAGCUCGCCUCGUACGAGCAGGCUGAGAAGCGCUACGGCACGGAGAUCAGCGCCGCCCGCAUGCGCCGCGGCUCCGUCCUGGACGACGGUACCGAGCUCAGCAUCGAGCCGCGUGAGAUGGAGCGCAUGCGCGCCAUCUUCAACCUCUUCGACGUGCAGGGCAACGGUUUCAUCAGCGAGGACGACCUCAUGGACCUGCACGCCAAGCUCGGCGAGCCCAUCUCGACCGAGGACGCGCGUGAGGCUGUGUCGUACAUGCACAGCAAGUCCGCGACCGGCCAGAUCGACUUCAACUCGUUCAUGAAGUGGUGGAACGACGACCACGCCGCCGCCAACCAGACCGAGGCCAUGCGCCGCUACCAGGCCAAGUUUAAAUUCCUGAAGGCGCGUAUCGCCAACCCGGAGGUCGGCAACAUCGAGACGGAGGCCGUCGGCGCCUUCCCCAGCUUCGAGUUCCGCGUCAACUUCUACCACACGGGCCCCAACGGCGAGCGCCAGCAGAUCUCGCCGUGGCACGACAUCCCCCUGUACAACCCGGACGGCACGGUCAACUUCAUCUGCGAGAUCCCCAAGUGGACCCGUAAGAAAAUGGAGAUCGCCACGGGCGAGCCCUUUAACCCCAUCAAGCAGGACACCAAGAACGGCAAGCUGCGCGAGUACGGCUGGGGCGAGAUGAUGUUCAACUACGGCGCCAUGCCGCAGACGUGGGAGGACCCCUCGCACGUGACGGAGGGCACGGGUUGCGUUGGCGACAAUGACCCGAUCGACGUCGUGGAGAUCGGCACCAAGCAGUGGCGCACGGGCUCCAUCGUGCAGGUCAAGAUCCUCGGCGUGCUCGCCCUGAUCGACGACAACGAGACGGAUUGGAAGGUUAUCUGCAUCAACGUGGAAGACCACUACGCCCCGCUCAUCAACGACGUGGCCGACAUCGAGGCCCACAUGCCCGGCUGCAUCACGGCCAUCCACGACUGGCUCCGCGACUACAAGCUACCCCAGGUGAACAAGUACGGCUACGACGACAAGUGCAUGGGCCGCGACUUCGCCGAGGCCACUGUGGCCGAGACCCACGAGUUCUGGAAGCUGCUGAUCGAGCAGCGCGGCGGCCAGGCCACUGUCUAAGCGGUCCCGGGUUCUGCGCUGGCCACUCCGGCUGGAGGAAUAGUAGACACAGGCACCACAAAGCUGGAGUAAAUGUAAAACACCGACAAAAAUGAC